CAUAAGGAAAUAAACUUAAAAAAUUUUCAUAGGUGUCGAGGUCGUCAAUUCAAAGAAGUGGACCGAGUCUCCACCUUCCUUAACAGAAGACGGAUCUUAAUAACUUAAAAAAUAAUUAUUUUUUUUAGUUUUACUUGGGCCAAAAGUCCACUAAACAAAAGCUAAAUCACCAAUUUUCUUUUCCACCAAAUGAAGGAAACAGAGGUCCCACGAACAAUUAAAUACUUGAUGAAACCAUCAUCUCAAGCAUACUUGAACGACUUGAGUUUUCUUCCUUAAGGCCAAAAUUUCUCAGCACUCAAUUGGUCCACUUCCCUUAUUCUCUGAUCCCGAUCCGAAUUCGAAGCCUUUUGGCAACGAAAAAUUAUUACGUACAAACACCAUACAUUUGGACAAUGGUGAAUGAAGGAGGUCAUCUCAAAUACACUUAAAUUUAUGGUGAUUUAGCAUUCCCAUCCACACUUGUCAUCCAGAUGUUCGCACGUAAUAAUUUUUCCCACGCAGAAUCCCAAAUAUCUAAAUAAUAAUAAUAAUAAAAAAGAAAUAAGGCUAGUUAAUCAUAGAAGCAUCACUAAUCAACCUUGCAACCGUUACAUAAUUUGGUGACCAAACCCUCUUCAGGUGACAGUCUUCUCUCCCUCUCACCUUCCCCAGAUACUUAAAAUAUAAAUAUUUAUAUAGUAUAUAAAUGUAUAUACUUAUAUGGUUUCCUCCUAUCAAUAUCUCAUCACAAUAAAUUUAUAUAAUCCAUUCCAACACUUUCCUAAUAAGAACCAUGCCAUACAACUCACUACUUCUCCUCUUCUUCCUCCCGCUCCUCCUACCCCCUUCCACUGCCUCCAUCUCCUCUUCUCCCCGCUGCGGCCUCCCCGACGAAAGGCCAUUAAAAUCCGUGCGCCGCUUCGCAUACUUCCCCGGUCAACCCCGAUGGUCUCGCCCUUCCCACCACCUCACUUACGCCCUCUCCCCCACCGACACCAUUGGAUAUAUCAACCGCCCUGCUCUCGAGGCGGCCAUGCAUCGGUCAUUCGCUCGAUGGGCGAAAGUCAUCCCAAUGACCUUCUCCCACUCCAAAGACUACAACACGGCCGAUGUCAAAAUCGCCUUUUACGGUGGCGAUCAUGGCGACGGGCAACCAUUCGACGGCGUUCUCGGCGUGCUCGCCCACGCUUUUUCCCCCGAGAACGGGCGGCUGCACCUUGACGCGGCGGAGCGGUGGUCCGUUGAUUUUGGGGAGGAGGAUUCGAAGGUGGCGGUUGACUUGGAGUCGGUGCUGACUCACGAGAUUGGGCACGUGCUCGGGUUAGCUCACUCGUCGGUGCAGGAGGCAGUCAUGUAUCCAACCUUAAGCCCGAGGACGAAGAAGGUGAAUUUGAGAGUGGAUGAUAUUGAAGGAGUUCAAGCUUUGUAUGGUACUAACCCUAACUUUACUUUGAGUUCUCUUUUGGAGGCAGAAACUUCUGCUGGUUUGAGAAGAAGAAGAGCUAAUGGUGAAUUGGGUGAGCUGAUUAGGAGUGACGUCAUAAGAAUUGGAUUUUAUUUAUUCUUUUUAUUUUCUCUUUUUUUGUGAGUUAGAAAGUUUUUUUUAUUUUUAUUUUUAUUUUUUAGUUAAUAUUUGGGAGAUAUAAAUUAGGAGGUGAUAAGAUUAAAUUGAUAUACUGUACAUGAAUUAAUUCAUGGCAUUUGUUA